AGUGAAACCAUGAGUCACUCACUGACUGAUACAGGAAGUCAAGCUGUUAGCUGCUGAAACAUGUUUAACGUUAGAACAAAGUGCAAACAAACUCUGCUGUUCAGUGAGAUCGGAAAGUUAUGGCCAGACUGCAGCGUGUGCUAUUGUUUUUCUGCUUCUCUACCCGCUGGUAUCCUCUUCAAACUCUUGAACAAGCUGCUCUGCAUUUUGCUGUACUUGCUGACUGGGGUGGUAUUCCGUUGCCUCCAUACUACACUUCUCAUGAGGAGGCUGUUGCUGCAGAAGUGGACAGUCUGGCCCAGACUGAGGGAGUGGACUUUGUCCUAAGCCUGGGAGAUCACUUCUACUUUAGUGGUGUCAAGAAUUUGGAAGACCACCGCUUCAAGCAAACAUUUGAAAGGGUCUUCUCCCAGCCAUCUCUACUGCAUAUCCCAUGGUACCUGGUCGGUGGAAACCAUGACCACAGGGGCAACAUCUCAGCUCAGAUGGCUUACUCUGAUGUGUCCAAACGAUGGAAUUACCCAUGUCUCUAUUAUGACCUUCAUUUUAAUGUCCCACACACAAACCUGUCAGUGAGCAUACUGAUGAUCGAUACAGUGGUGUUAUGUGGAAACACCUAUAACCAAACCCAGCCUUCAGGACCAGAGGACCCCAGAGCAGCAGAUCGCCAGUGGAACUGGAUCACGUCUAAACUGGCCAGUAGCAGGUCAGCCUAUGUUGUGGUGGCUGGUCAUUAUCCUGUCUGGUCCAUCGGCCAUCAUGGACCAACAUCCUGUCUGGUCAACAGACUGAGGCCCCUGCUGAAAAAAUACAGAGUCACUGUGUACUUGUCUGGCCAUGACCACAAUCUGCAGUUCAUCAGAGAGGAUGAUGGGAGCUCAUAUGUAGUCAGUGGGAGUGGGGUGGUCAGCGAUCCCAGCACCACUCACAAGGACAGUGUUCCUCAUUCCUGGCAGCUCUACUCCAGUCCGGUCAAUCACACAAUAGGAGGCAUGGCUUACUUCCAGGUCACUGAGAAUAAGAUGACUGUCAGUUUCAUGCAGACUAACCGGAAAUGUGUUUACCAGGCAGAGCUGCCAACACGUACAGUCAGAAGUAAUGGAAUGCUAUAGUCACAGUUUGAAGAAAUGCAGUUAUUUGUAUAUGUGAGCCUAUAAUUAUAUUGCUAUUGUGCUACUUAACACCUAACUGACAAAAUGAAUAGGUCGCAAUGGCUUUUUGAAGGCUUUCAACAAAAAUCUAAAACAGAAUAAAAGAUUUUUAUGAAAAGAUAUUUCUGGGCAAUGGCAUGUUACUAUUAAAUGAAAUGUAUAUAAUCAUACUAUUUUGCUCUAUAUGUAUUGUUUUAUACAUGUAUCAAAAUAUAAACAAUUUUAUGUAUUUUGUUGUGCAUGUUAUUGCAUGAUGGUUGCCUCAAUCGGCAGUUUGAAUUAUGGCUCUACGAUGUUCACCAGAUGGGACAAAAGCAGAAGACAAAUUUCCCUAAUCUGCAUGUCGUGUGAGUGUGCAUGUGUUUGGGAUCAAUAACUGUAUUUUAAUCGUAUCUUAAUAGACCAAUAUGUGGAGCCAAGAAGAGAGUUCAUCGGUUCGCAACCAAACCAUCUGCUCUCCCAUUUGGAAUCAAAAUUGGACCAUAUUAUUAUUUAAUUGUCAUAUUACUACGUUUUUAUUUACUCUUCUUGCAUUGCUGUUAAAGCACUUCUGUUUGUAAAAUUAUUAUUAUUAUUAUUAUUUGUAUUAUUAUUAUUAUAUCACAACUCAAACAUAAGAGUUUGCUCUAAUGAGGAAAAACUCCCUUUUAACUGUGAGAAACCUUGAGAGAGAGAGAGAGAGAGAGAGAGAGAGAGAGAGAUUUUGUUAUUGUUAUGCACCGAUCAAGUUUCUGCUUAUCUACAUCUCUUUGUUGAGACAAAUUAUUUUACUGGAUCUACUUCCGAGGAAGAUGGCUUUUGAGACAGCUUUCCUACUUACAUGUUGUCAAGGCCCAGUUGAGACCAUCGCAAAUAAGGGAAGACACAUGAUCAUUUAAAAUUCUCCUCGUCACCUUCAAGGUAAAUAUGGCGUCAUUUUGUCCUGUUCACCCAUAACUCUAAAGUUCCUCACAGUAGAGCUGGGGGCCAAGCUAAUGCCAUGCAAGAUAACUGUUGUCAGACAUGUUUCUCUGAGGCAUUUAGGGCCGAGUAUAAUCAAUGACAAUACCACACGUGUCUUCUCUUUUGUUUGCCAUAGACCAUGUUAUUUUGUAAGGCAUCAAGAUGUAAUUAACUGUAGAACUGCAGUCUGUGAAUGUGACAUUUCAAGGCCUAAUUGAUUGGUGCAGAAUGACCCUGAAACAUUGAUUAUAUCCUACGUUGUUAUUGCCUCUACUUUCACAAUGGUUUUCAUAUUGUAGGCCUGUACAUGGCUAUUUUUAAUUCUUGGUUAAUUACCCAAAUUUGUCAAAGACUAUGGAAUAUCUUUUAUACUUCGGAUCUGUAUUUUGGUUUUCUUAAACGAUAGGCCCAUGGGUGAUCAUAACCAUCGGAUGGCUGAAUUUUAGUUGUGACACCUUAUUGUUGUUUCUAUCUUGGCGUAGAAAUUGUGUAUUUAUCUCCCUGCUCAAAUUUGAGGAAUCAACUAAAUGUAUUUUGUCCACUUCAAUCUUUGGAAUGACUUUUUCUGGGUAACUUUAUAAAACUUAAAAAUAAAACAACUUAUGAGGGAGGCUUAUUAAGUACCAGUUAGAGUGUUAUUUUCUAACCCUAGACUCUAGAAUAAUUGAGGUAAGAGUGUAAAAAUAUUAAUGGUGAACUUUUUAGUCAAGAUUUAAUAAAGGGACAAAAAAUGUAUCAGGUUUCACUUAUUUGUUUUUUUAAUUCACCUUUUGAUGACGAUGCAUGGGUACAUGGGUACACGAUACAUAUUUUGACUAACCCUAACCCUAACCCUUUUUUUUUUGUGCUUCGGCACUGUUACUUUAAUUCUGUUUUUCUAUUAUUGCUGUAACAAGUGAAUUUCCCCAUUGUGUGGAUAAAUAAAGAAAUCUAAUCUAAUCUAA